AUGAAAGCUAUAUUGCAACGCGUCCUUUCGGCCUCAGUGACGGUUGACAAGCAAGUCGUUUCUUCCAUAGGGAAGGGGGUUCUGGUCUUCGCCGCUGUAGCUCCCGGCGACACUGAGAAAGAUGCAGAGAACUUGGCCUCCAAGAUACUGAAGAUGAGGUUGUGGGAUGAUGAAGCUGGUGGAAGAUGGAAGCACAAUGUUCAGGACAUCAGCGGGGAUGUUCUGUGUGUAUCGCAAUUCACGCUCUUGGCAUCAACCAAGAAGGGAUCAAAACCAGAUUUCCAUGGAGCCUUAGGGGGAGAACAAGCUAAAGAGCUUUACCAAGUUUUCUUCUCGAAAGUCCAGCAGGGAUACAAGGCAGAGAGAGUCAAGGAUGGUGUUUUCCAGGCCAUGAUGGAAGUAGCAUUGGUAAAUGAUGGCCCAGUGACACUAGAAAUGUCAGUUGGACCUAGCGGCUCGAAAUAA